AGAACUGUCAGUCCGCGGUGAAGAAGAAGAGAAAGAAGGAACGCAAAAUUGUUCUUGUUAAAUUUUCACGGCUUUAUUGUCCAGUGAAGUUAUUUUUACCAAACAUUUAAAACCGUGAAUCUCUAUUUUUCUCUCUUGCGCGCCCGCUAUCGCUAUAGCACGACGAGUCUCGUGCAUGGUAGACGCUAAAACAGGGUGUUGAUUUGUGUAGCAUUUGGCUUUGCAUACAGCGUAUAUAGAUAUACACACAGUCAACACUGCACGCAGCUGCACCCACUUUUUUUAGCGUUCGAAGGUUUAGGUUGGAGUAGCGUACAUUUUUUCCUUUCUUUUCUUUGGUACUCCACUCCCGAAGGUGGGGUGCGUGUUAUGAUUUGUACGCGGGCGGUUCGAACGUCGUAAUGCACAAAAAUCGAACAUGAAGGGACCUUUUUAGAGUGGCAACAACACCAGAAAGCUAUAUAAUACGGUACCGCUAGUGUUACGCGAGAACCAGCAAAAUGCACGACCGAAGGGCGGCAGUGUGCUAUGGGCUGGUGUACAUCCUCUGUACCCAGGUACUGUCCACCAAUUCGCGCACCUCCACACUGUGGAAGCUGAACCCGGAGGAGGGUAAAAUUGUCAGUGUCGGAACGGGUGGAGCAAACUGCAAACUACAGAGCACGGGUGGAAAGGCGACAGAAAACACGGCCACCGCUGGGGAAGCUGAGUUUGACCCACACGCGACAAACCACGCGGAGGAGCUACUGGCCGAUCCGUACCAUCCUGAGGAUGAGGAUGAGGAAUCAACGUUUCACAUAAUCACUACCACGGCGGCUAACUACCGCGAUAAUACAUGGAGGCGGCACGCCCGGGACAAGAUUAUCGUGAAUCUAGUGAAGAGCUCGGCCGACAGUACACCGGGCGCUAAUAUCAAGGGAGCGGGCACGAGCGUCAGUACCGAACCGGCGGAUGUGCUGGAUUGUGGCAAACCGGUCAACUUCACCUACUAUGACGAUCUGAUCGGGGUGGCGCAACGCUACAGCCAUCCGAUCGCACCGGAACCGGAGGUGGCCUACCUGUUCCUCAAGAAGAAAGGUCCGAAAUCGCUCAAAAACUUCGACAUCGAUGCGCUGGAGCGGCGGCUGCGGAAGGCCAAAAGUGAAAAGCCCCGGUCGGUGCAACUCUACAAUCAAAUUGGCAACUUUUGGCGAAUAAAGGGCGAUGCGCGCCAGUCGAUCGAGUGUUUCCGCGGCGCGCUCGCAAUGUCACCGACGAACGCGGAAGUGUUGCUAAACCUUGCUCGGGUACUGUUCAAUCUGCAGUACUUGGACGAUGCGAUACAUCUAACCAGACGCUCCCUGGAAGUACAGCCGCGGGAUCGUAGCGCUUGGCGGCAGUAUUUUACGCUGGGUGAAAUUUUUAAAGCGUACGGCCAUUUCCAGGAAUCGGUUAACCAUUUGCGACAGGCGCUAGAGCUCUACCCCCAGUACGAACCGAUCAAGAAGGCGAUCGCGGAUGUGGAGAACAUUUCUGCCUCAUCCUUACACAUAUUUACCAUCAUCAUCAUCGUGUUCCUGGUGAUGUGCGUGCUAUAUGUGAUCCUUUCGUCGAACGAAAGCAACCAGAACAGCCACGAGCUGGAGCAGAAAGCGACCCGGCACUUUAACCGUGCAAUGGCCAUGCGCUCGCUAAAGGGCUUUACGCAGCGUUCGUUUAAAAAUCGCAAGUAAACAACCGUGUUCGGCGAUAGGUUGGCGUUUUAUUCGCCGGUAGGUACACGCGCGCGAACACCGGGCGACCCGUGCUCUAAAAUCUCUGUAUCCUGUAGUCGCCGUGUGUGUGUGUGUGCGUGCGGAUGUGGGUGAUCGUGUGUGUGUGUGUGUGUUGCGCAAGAGUAUAAAACGAGCGGGAAAAGAAGAUAAUAGAAUUAAUAGUCUGUAAGGAUGGAUGUAUGGGACGGAAUUCGUGAAAAUCUUCCGAUAGGCCACACCCCUCGCGCAUCGUAGAAAUUUGCAAAUUAAUGGAUUAAUAAUUGGAGGAGAGAAAGAGAGAGAGA